AUGGAAGAAGAAUCGAUUUUUGGUUCAUUUGACGCGGCGGGGGCCCCGGGGGCCCCCGGCGGGCUCCCAGACAUAGGCUUUUCAAGUUUUGCAGAAAGUCGGAGUUCUGCGGCUGAGGCCCCUCUUUUGCUGCGCAACGAAAACGCAAACGAAGACAAAAAUGAAGUGGACCCUUUGGCAAUCAAACUGGCGGCGGAAAUAAAAGCUUCCGCGGCGAAGGCCGCCGCCGCGGCGGCGCGACCGUGCGCAGUUUCGCUGCGAGUGACGAAUCUGCGGCAAAUGGAGCUCGAAGCUGCUUCUGGAGAAAAUUUAAUUUCUUUAUUUUCAAAUUUGCUGCAAAAUUUGGAAAAAAUGAUUCAAAUUGCGCAGCAGCAGAAGCAGCAGCUGCUGCAGCAGCUCAGUCGCGAAGCCAGGACAGUCUCUCCUACCUCUUCAGCUGCGAAUUUGAUGACGGCGGAGAAGGGAGUGGCGUCGGGGACGGAAAGAACUUUGAAAGGCUGUUUGCUGUCGGAGGCGAGGGUGAUUUUGAAGGUGACUUUCCCGCUGAACGCAAAGAGGGCAACGAGCCUCUCUAUCGCCUUUCUGAAAGAAACGGCCAGCAUGAAUUUCUCUGCAGACUCGAAGCCUCAGGUGCAGCAGAUCUGCGAACAGCUAAUCGACAAGUUUGCUGCCCGUUUGGUGAAAGAUACUUCUUUGUCUCUCCCUGAAGAGACACAAGAAGAGUUCCUCAAGGCAUGGAGAGAAGGCACGGCUGAACGACUGCGUGACCAAUCUCUCUCUUUCCUUCAGACGAAUUUGAGGGGGCCAACCUCGACAGCGCAGGGCUAG